AUGAUCUACUCCCAGGCCUUUAACUUCAACUCGUACGUCGAGAAAGGCGUCGACCCCCGCACUGGUCAACACAACUGCACCAUCUCUCUCUACGAGAUGCCGAAUGAGGCUCGCAACAGCCCACCCCUUAAGCUGUCACUUCACUAUAAUCCCUUGAACAGCGACGAUGUUGGCUUGGGCCAGGGCUGGUCCUUCGGCAACAUCUCCUCCUACGAUCAGGGAUCCAAGACCCUGGUUAUGUCCACCGGGGAGAACUAUAAGGUCACAGAAACCACCAGCUCAGUACGCAUGACGGACCAGAAGCUCAAAAACUUCGUGUUCCAGAAGGCGAGCACCACAAGCUACCGCGUCACCCUCAAGUCGGGCCAGGUCGAAGUGCUCUCCAACUUCAACAACCGGACCAGUGUCAGUGUACCUACGGACAUUUAUGGCGCCAAUGGCCGCUCACUCAAGCUCUCCUGGGUAUUUUCCGGCUCCCAGCCGCGACUGAGCAAGGUGCAGGCCGACUCGCAGGACCUGAUUGAGGUCGCGUACGGCACGAACACCACCAUCACCCGGGCCCCUGGGACCGCCGAAGCCGCGACAUUCACGCUGGUGAAGCGCAAUAACCAGCUGACGGAGCUUCGCCUGCCGCCGGACGGCUCACCAGCCUGGAAGUUCACGUAUGCGACCGCGGGCCUGACUAACGUCACCAGCCCGACGGGGGCCACAGAGGACAUCUCCUACAAGACGGCGGGCUUCCUGCUGCCGAGUGGCGCGCCAGUUAGUUCCAUCCCCUAUGUCGUCUCCCACACCGUACGGCCCUUCCAUGGCCAGCCCGCCGUCCAAACAACCUACAGCUACUCAGACCGUAACUUCCUCGGUUAUGGCGGAGGCCGGAACUGGACCAACGACGGGGACAACCUCUACCUGACGCCGGCCGCCUAUGAAUACUCCAGCACCGUUCAGGUGGUGGGUGGCACCACCACCACGCGUACGUACAAUAAAUUCCACCUGUUGGUCAGCAGUCAAGAGCAGAAGGGCACCAAGCAGCUCACGGAGGCCACCACCUACUAUGCUCUGACCAACACCGCUUUCGAUAGCCAGCCCGCGCAAUAUCAACUGCCUAGGACCCAGACCACCACUUACCGGGACACCUCCACCGGGGCCUCGCGCACUGAGGCAACCCAGUUCACCUUUGACGACUGGGGCAACAAGACCAGUGAAACUCCCCCGAGCGGCAUCACGACCACCAGCGAGUACUAUGUCCCCGCCGGCGAGGUGGCGUCGGGCACGGUGGUCUGCCCGGCCGAUCCCCAUGGAUUCCAGCGCUAUCUCAAACUGGAGACCGUCACGCCGGCGGCCAGCGCCUAUUCGACGCCCACUCGAGCCCAUCUUUAUACUUAUCUCCAGAUUCCCACAGCCGUCGAUGCCCUGGCAGAUUACUGGGUCGCUGCCCAACAGCGGCAGACGACCGAGGACGGCCGGACGCUCUCCACUACGGAAUACACCUAUGUGAACCAACCCCAGUCCAGGGAUCAUGGCCGACUGCAGCAGCAAGUCACGCGCUUGCUUAAUCAGGAUGCCACGACGCACAACUGGGCCUACACCCAUGUGAGUCCGGUCGAGUUGAAGGAGGUCACGACCAUGAGGAGCUUCGAUGGCCAGACCACUCAGGAAGUGACCACGUCUUCAUUGAUGUCCGGGCUAAGCCUUGCCACAAAAGACCGGGCCGGGACCGAGACAACCUUGCAGCAUGACUCGAUGGGCCGAUUGCUCCAGACCACCACCGCUCCCGGGGCGGCUUUCGAGGCCACGAAAAAACAUGACUAUGCGGUUCUGGAAAACGCCGUCGGGUGGCGCGUCACGGUGACAGACACCAAGGGCGUGCAAACGCGGUACUUCACAGAUGGAUUGGACCGCGUGGUCCGGGUGGAGUCCCAAGACGACGAUGGUGGGUGGGAUCAAUAUAACGCCUACAACGGCACGUUCCGCGUCAUCCGGGAGCGUGAAUAUAAUUCCCUGGAUCAGUGCACCAAAGAGGUCGACAUCGACUGGCUGCGCUCCAGCGGGACACCCACGGAGCUGCGGACAACCCGCUCGCUCGAGUACGAUAACUGGGCCCAGGUCUACAAGGUUACCAGGAGCAGCGGAGCUGUGCAGCUGUCCGAGACCGACCCCAUUGCCUUGACCUCAACGGUGAGCAGUGAGGGUGAAGGCCAGACGCGCAUCCAAUACAAUCUGUUCAAAACCCCGACAAGCGAGUCGCUCAUCCGACGCAACGGAACGGUCGAAAGUACGACUGAGUAUGCUUACGAUGGUCUGGGACGCCGCCGGCAGAUGAAGGAUGGCUUGGGCCGUGCCACGCAGUAUAGCUACGAUAGCUUUGACCGCGUGGUGCAGACCACCAGGCCAGAUGGCAACGCCAUCACCACCCAGUACGCGGCCCAGAGCGCCGAGGCCCUACCUGUGGCCAUCAAUCUCCAGGGCACCACUGGCUUCAGUGAGCAAUCUUUUGACGGCUUGGAGCGGCCGCUGCGCACGACCGUCGGCGGGCGCACCAUUGCAAAUACCUACAACGGCGUUGCCCCCCUGCCUGCCCAAGUCACCGACGCCAAGGGACGGCGCUCCCAACGCACGUACGAGCCGACGUUAGACUACGCGUUGACGGGGCGGGUCACCAGCGACGGCACCGACGCAUAUCAAUAUGAUAAGCAAACCGGGGAUGUCUUAAAGCUGGACAGUUCGCUCGCCGCAGCCAACCUCGGCUAUUAUCCCUCCAGCUUAGUGUCCCAGGAGACGAUUCAAGUCGGCAGUGGGGCCCGCACCCUGCAGUACGUGUACUCGCAAGCUGGGAAGCUUCAAGAAUACACCGACCUCAACGGACAGCAGCAUGCGAUCCAGUAUGAUGAGUAUGGCCGGCAGCGGGGGAUCAGUGUAGGCACGCUCAAGACCACGCUGAGCUAUGAUCAGUCGGACCGCAUCACCACGACCGUGGUCCAGGAUAGUAGCAAGGGCGUCGUCCUGACGACCAACAUCGAAUACGAUGAGUUCGGUCGGGAGGUCCAGCGGACGGUCUUGAAGGGGACAAAGAAGCUGUCCCAGACUACGCAGUCGUACGGGGCCACAGGGCUAAUCACUACACGGAAUCGCAGCGAUGGUAAUGGCACUGCGACGCGACAAGAAUCGUUCGGGUAUGACAGUCUGAGUCGCUUGGUCGACUACCAGUGCCAGGGCACGCAGCCCCCGGUGGACGAGCAGAACCGGGCGAUUCGGGCUCAGCGAUUCACGCUCAAUGCAUACGAUGGCUUGACCCAGACCCAGACCACGUUCGCGGAUGGCAGCCAGAACACGCAGACUUACACGUACAGCGCCCACGACCCGACGCAACUCGUCCGGAUCACCAACACCCACUCCGACGAGCCGGCAACGAUCGAUCUCCAGUACGAUGCGAACGGCUGUCUGACUCGCGACGAGCGCGGCCGGACGCUGGUCUACAACGCGUCGCGUCUCCUGGCCGCGGUCUAUGACAGCAAGAGCCAGCUCCUCAGCGAGUACGGGUACGAUGCCACGGACCGGCUCGUCCGUCAGAAGGUCCCCAAUGAGCCGGACACCCACUUCUCCUACCGCGGGGAUACCCUGAUCGCCGUCACAAAGGGGGAGCAACAGAUCAGCUUUGUUUCGGACGGCGGGGUGUACUGGGGCGAAGUCCAGAAACAAGGGACCACAGUCAACACGCACCUCUGGGCGUCCGACGCCAACCACUCGGUAUCCACCAGUGUGGAUACGCAGGAUGCGGAGCAGAUCCACGACCAGGCGUACACGCCUCAUGGCUCCAGCCCCGGUGGCUCGGCCAUUGGCUUCAACGGACAAUGGCGAGAUCCAGUCACCGGGUGGUACCAUCUGGGGUCAGGCUACCGGGUGUACAGCCCGAGUCUGAAGACCUUCCUCCAGCCGGACUCUUGGAGCCCCUUCACCUCGGGCGAAAUCAACCCGUACGCCUACUGCCUAGGCGAUCCCAUCAACCGCAGCGAUCCGAGCGGGCACUGGAGCUGGCGCAACUUUGCCCAGUGGGCAGCGGGCCUGGCAAUUGGGAUCUUGACCGCAGGCGCCGGGUUCGCAGCGGGGGUAGCCAUCGCGGUGGCCGUCAACGUGGGCGUGGGCGUCAUCUACGACCUGGCCACUGGGACGACGCCCACGCUCAAAAGCAUUGGCAUGGAUGCCGUGACGGGGGCCAUCGGGGGCUAUGUCGGCGGCGUCAUCGGCAGCAAUGUCCCGGCGUCGUGGGCGAACGCGCUGGGCACCGUCGGCACGGAGAUCGCGUUGAACCUCGUAUUGGGUGUUAUCGUCCCCGACCCCUUCGCUACUCUCGGGUCUUCGCAGGAACGCUCCCUCUCCACCACGAGUCGCACUGCCGAACUGACCGCAAAGGAUGCGUCUGCGACUACCACCACCGCCACCGCCGUCCCCGGCCGCAUUCCGGACUGGUCCCUGGAGAAGCUUCGACAGCGAGGAAGCGCAGCCAAGGAUCAAGCCCGGACGGGGACGGGGGAAGACACGGGCGCGUGGGCCGCGAGAAGUACCUCGCGCGAGACGGUCACGGCCGAGGACAUCAGCUUGAAUACCUUCGGCGUUAGCUUCAAUGCGUCGCAACUCGCGCGCCAGCUGAGUCCGAACCACCGGGUGGUAUUCAAAUAACUGCCUGUGCGUCCACGACCGCGAGGACAGCUAAGGGUAUAGUCCGUCAAAUGAAUAAAUAUUCAAAUUUUUACAGAAAUCCUAGCUGCUUUAUAAACACCUAUCGAGUUGUUAUAUUUGAUAAAGACAUAUUAUAAUAAGG